AUGACGGUUUCUAAACAUACAAAAUUGCUACUGGAUAGCACUCAUUUUAGCGAUAUUCGCAGCACUGUAGGAUCGAGGUCCAUUGCAUGGGAUGCGCUGGCCAGAUCGGCAGAAAUCAAUGAGAAAGAUGCCACGGCUGCUAAAAAGCUUGAAAGUGCUUUGAUUAAGCAUACUGACGUACAACUUGGGCUUUCUGAAUGCAUUCCUUCGGCCAUCCACGUUAUAGAAACUAUCAACAACACUGAAGUCAAAAAGUUUGUACACAACUUAUUGGCAGAACUUUUGACCUCGGAACAGUAUGCCGAUGCUGCGUUUGACUAUUUUACUAAAAACCCGACGGCAGUGAACGACCUCUUCAGCGCGUCAUUAACCGGCGACGACCAAACAAUCCUGCUCUCCAGCUUCAAUUUGGUCUCUUUGUUGACCCAACCCGGCCUGCGCAACUCAGACCUGGCGGCUUUGCUGUUGGAGGAUAAGCGCUUCAUUGCCGUGCUUCAAAACACUGACCACAUGGAUACCAGCUACGUCUGUCUCAGACUCUUGCAGGAACUUUCUGCUGUGCAGGAAUACAGAACAAUCGUCUGGUCAGUACACGGUGCUUUUAUGCCCACUCUCUUGGGAAUUGUCAGUAAGUCGUUGGAGGCUAAUUCGGCAACAAGGGUGGUGCCUACAAACACCAACAACCUAGGCGUCCAGGUUCAGUAUUACUCCCUUUUGACCUUAUGGCUACUUACAUUUGACCACCAAAUUGCUUCGCAGUUCGUGACCAAAUAUCUCAACGAUUUCUUGAACCUGUUGAAGUUAGUAAAAAUCACAAUCAAGGAAAAAGUAUCAAGGCUAUGUAUCGCUACUAUCCUGAACUGCGUUGCUCCUCAUGUCAAGGGUCAAAAGUUGACUAUUCGUCAAUUACUGUUGCUAGGAAACGCACUUCCAAUUUUGCAAUCCCUCAGUGAGAGAAAAUACUCUGAUGAUGAGCUUCGUCAGGACCUUAACACUUUGAAGGAACUGCUUGAAGAAACUUACCAGGAACUAACAUCCUUUGAUGAGUAUGAAGCAGAAGUCAACUCUAAACUUCUUGUAUGGUCACCACCGCACAUUGAUAACGGUUUCUGGUCAGAGAACAUCGAUAAAUUCAAAGAAGACAACUGGAAACUAUUCAAGAAGCUUGUCUCUAUUUUGACCUGCCCCAACAAUGAACCUGCAACAAAGACCGCGAUUCAAGUGGCUCUAAGCGAUAUCACACAUGUUGUCGAGCUCUUGCCAGAAAGUGUGGAUGUACUUUCUGAGCUCAACGGCAAAGUGUUGAUCAUGGAGCUGCUCAACCACUCAGAUUCGAAAGUCAAAUACGAAGCACUAAAAGCAACCCAGGCGUUUGUUGCCCAUACGUUCAGCAGAUAA